AUGUUGGAUAGAGAAGGGAAGGUUGUGCCGGGGCAGAAAGGUUACAGAUAUUUCGGAGCAGCGAAAGAUCUUCCAGGAGUUCGAGAACUUUUCGAAGCUGAGACAGUUGUUACAGAGAAGCGAAUGCGCUCGCAACUCAUGAAGAAAGUGGACGCCGAGUACUAUGGGUACAUGGAUGAUGAUGAUGGCACUUUAGAACCUUUGGAGCAGAUAGCUGAGCGCGCCGCAUUGCAGAGGAUAGUGACAGAAUACAACGAAGCGCUGGCUGAUGGAUCAUUGGAGAGGGAUCCCAGCGACGACGAGGAUCUAUAUUUAAGCGAAAAGGACGCGGAUGUAGUUAUUAGCAGUAGUAAGGAAGACGAAAAUGGUGAGAACGUGUCGAG